AUGGCUAGAUUAUCAGGAUUACAAAAAGAAGUACUACAUUUAUAUAAAAGUUGUUUUCGUACAAUUAAAACAAAACCAAAAGAAACUAGAAUUCAUUGGAGAAAUUUUAUUCAUGAAGAAUUUUUUAAAUAUAAAAAUAUACCUAAAAAACAAUUUAAUACUAUUGAACAUUUAAUUAGAAAUGGACAUCGAAAAUUAGAAAUGUUUCAAAACCCUCAAAUUAAAGAUAUUCAUUAA